AUGCCCAACCAGCACAACUGGGGCUGCUGGGCAAGAGGGAGAGAUCGAGCCGAUUGCAGAAAGCUGUCGGUCUGUUUGCCUGUUGGUCUGUCUGCCUGUCUGUCAGUCUGUGGGCACUGUUGUGGUUGUGUUGGGGAUGGAGGAGGUGAGGGGAUUAGCGCCAGAGUGGAGGGAGUAGGGCCGACAAUGGACCGGGCUCCAAUAAUGAGGCAGCCUAGCGCCAGGGCUCGUAGAGUCGAAUGUCCCUCUCGAGGUGGGCGAUCGCAGAGUCCUUGUCGGACAGCUCCUUGCGGAGCCGUUGUAUCUCACGACGCUGUUCCAGAAAGGCUUCUCGUAGCUGAAAGAGACCAAAUCAACAGGAAAAUUAGGCGAAAUUAA